AUGGCAGCACCUGAUCCAGAGCCGCAAAGCGCUGAUGGCGAGAGGAGGAUCUGGCACUCGGCCGAGAUCGUUGUGGACAACCCCACCCAGAAUUGGCCGAACGAUCGGCAAGUGGAGUCCGCUUGGAUGGCUUUGCAGAGCGGCUGGAGAUUUCGGGUAGAAGCGUAUCCUAACGGCCAGGCCGGUCAUGAAGGAUGGGUGAGCGCAUACAUUCAUAUCCAGCCACCAGCCUCACUCGAGAAUUUCGAGUGGAGACGACAAUUCACACACCGGCUCUGGAUUAGGGGUCCGCAGGUUGACAAGAUGCACGUGAUGACGUUCAGCACACUUUUCCACAAGGAAAUUUGUUCCAGCGGAAAGCACCAAUUUAUUUCACAUUCUCAAAUUCUUUGGGCUGGCUGGCUCACUGCGGACCGCAAACUGCGAAUAAUUGGCGAAGUUAGUGAGGCUGCGCCUCUUGCGCCUCAACCGCUGUCAGCACAAUGUUCCCUGGAGCUGCUUGCCAUUAAGCCAGAGUUCAUAUCCUUCCUUCUCCAUGAUGGGUCGACUCUGUAUUUCGACAAGCGGCUGCUGAUAGCGCGGUCAAGCCAUUUUGCCAACAUGCUCUCUGGCGAAAUGUGGCGAGAAGGUCAGACGAAUACGAUCGACCUACGGAGCAACAAGCAAGCUGACAGCCGGAACAUGGGCGCCGUUCUCUGCCAUUUGAUGUCAGGGCACUUCUCUGCUGGUGGUGAUGAGGAGCUCGCAUUUUCCGUCCGCAGGCUUGCAGACCAAUUCUGCAUGGCAGACCUGGUCCAGCAAGCUGAGUUCGAGCUCCAACCUGUAGUCUGCAAGGACAACGCGCUGCGGUGUUUGGGAAAAGUUCUGGGAAGUGGGGGCGCGCUGGAAGCCCGAUGCCUGGAGAUUGUGAAGGCCAACGCGUGCGAGGUCCUCGAGCACCAGCGCGACUUGCUGGAGCAAGUCGUGGAUGAGAAUCCGGAGCUGGCGAAGUUUUUGAUGCGAGUCCUGCUGGAUGCAGCCAAGACGUGGAGGUCCUCAGCCAAUGGCUCUUGA